AAAGGAAUCCAUUGCCGCGCGGAGACGGGGCCUCCAGACCGGCAGGCGGCGCUGUGGGAGCCCCGCACUCCUUGCUCGGCUGGGGCGAGCGGCCGGUUCCUGGCCCUGUGGCGCCGGGAGGGAGGCGCGGCCGGGCUCGGAGCAGCGAAGUGGCGGGGGAGCGGAGCGCACCGGCCCGGCCGGCAUCAUGGGCCGCAGGUUCUGCCUGGCUCUUGCGCUGGCUGCUCUCCCCAUAGUGACUGCAAAUGAAGAGGUACCUGCUGUUCACCAGGACUCCUGGGGAGACUUCUGGCUGUUUCGCUUUUUGGUCAACGCCGCAGGCUAUGCAAGUAUUGUGGUGCCAGGCUUCUUGCUUAUACAAUACUUCAAGAGGAAAAAUUACCUUGAAACAGGCCGUGGUAUUUGCUUUCCAGUUAUCAAAUCAUGUGUCUUUGGCAACGAGGCCAAAUCUGUACACCAGGACGAUACCUUGCUAGCAGCUCGGAAUGAGACUGUCGAGUCCUCCACAGCCCGGCAGUUCUUUAAGCUGCUGUUUUGUGCAACUGGCCUACAGAUCUCCUAUCUGACAUGGGGCGUCCUUCAGGAGAGGGUGAUGACCCGAACGUACGGUGCAACCGAGUCCGACCCUGGUGAGAAGUUCAAGGAUUCUCAGUUCCUGGUCUUCAUGAACCGGAUCCUAGCAUGCACCGUGGCUGGCCUCUACUGCGCCCUGAUCAAGCAGCCUCGUCAUGGCGCUCCCAUGUACAAGUAUUCCUUUGCCUCCCUCUCCAACAUCCUCAGCAGCUGGUGCCAGUACGAGGCCCUCAAGUACAUCAGCUUCCCCACGCAGGUGCUGGCCAAAGCCUCCAAGGUGAUUCCAGUCAUGCUGAUGGGCAAGCUGGUGUCCCGCAAGAGCUACGAGUACUGGGAGUACCUGACAGCAGCCCUCAUCUCAGUCGGAGUCAGCAUGUUCCUGCUCUCGAGCUCCCACGACAAGCACCUCUCCACGGUCACCACCUUCUCCGGCGUGGUCCUCCUGGCAGGCUACAUUGUCUUUGACAGCUUCACGUCCAACUGGCAGGACGCCCUCUUCACCUACAAGAUGUCCUCGGUGCAGAUGAUGUUUGGCGUCAACGUCUUCUCAUGUCUCUUCACGGUGGGCUCGCUGCUGGAGCAGGGCGCCUUGCUGGAGUCGGUGCGCUUCAUGGCCCGCCACUCGGAGUUUGCCGCCCACGCCGUGCUGUUGUCGGUCUGCUCGGCCUUCGGGCAGCUCUUCAUCUUCUACACCAUCAACCAGUUUGGAGCCGCCGUCUUCACCAUCAUCAUGACUUUGCGGCAAGCCUUUGCCAUCCUCCUGUCGUGUCUCAUCUAUGGCCACGCCGUCACCGUGGUGGGCGGGCUGGGAGUGGCGGUGGUCUUCACGGCGCUCUUUCUCCGCGUCUAUGCCCGCAGCCGCAUGAAGAAGCGGGCAAAGAAAGUGCCCGUCGAGGGCACUGUGCAGAAGGUUUAGGGGCCACCGGGCAAGUGACAUGCCCUGAGCUCCUCCCCGCCCCCAAGCACUUGCCGAACCUCGUCUCUCAUGAACCCAGCAAAGAGCUGGUCGAUUUGGGAAAUGACAAUUCCCAUCCUCCACACCUUCUAUCCCAGCUGAUUCGUAAAAGCUGCUGGGAUUGGCUUGGAGGAAGCGAGGGGCAGCUUCCUCCUGCUGUCUUAACCUCUGAGCAUUUCAAGUCUGCCGAGGCUUUCUGCUGAAGGAAACAAGGGGCUCUUGAGACCCCUUUCCAAGGAAAGGGUACAGGUGUCCCUAUUGCCUGCCCUGACAGCUUGUGGGGGAGAGAAGGCUAAUUUAUGAUCAAGUCAAAUUGGAGCUUUUGUUUUUGUUUUGCUACCGUUCGCCUUCUGCUCACCACCCUUGAAGCUGCGUAUGAGGGAAUAGCAAGGCCAAGACUUUUACAAUUUCCAUUAAAAGAAAAGGAAGAGAGACCCACACCCUCAAAACUUCAUGGUUGGAAUGGAAAGUUGGCAGCCCCAGCAGCUUCUACAGAAAACCAGUCCUGACUGUAGAAGGUUUUGAACUUACCCUGCUGGGCAACGGCCUCUCUUAAAUCACAGCCCCUUUGCUUUCUGGCUCAGUAUACCCACCUGUACUUUUGCCCCACUGUCGGACCUUUCAGACAGUGCCCCUUUUGCCAGCGUCAUUUUGUUUUGGUUUUUGCUUAGUUUUUCUUUGACCAUCCCCCCCCUCACUGCCAUGAACUACAGUCCCAGAACCCCUCGAGGCCACUCUUGGGGUGCUUUCUUUGGGUUUACUGUUGCUGCAAACUUAGAAAAGCACAAAUAUUGCCUUUUUGAAA